ACCAGCUCGAGCCGGCGCUGCUCAAAGUCGUCAACCGCGCCUCGGGCACGAUGGCUGAUAUCCUCAAGGACCGGGACCUGGGCAUGAAGGCUGCCGACACGUCAGUUUUCUGUCGACAGUUCGACUCGCUCGCGGAUUUCCGCACAUUUUUCGGCGAGUUCGUUACUCCGCGCACUCGAGCUCAAGACAAUGCGGCCUCCGUUGAUCCAGGUAUCGCCGAAGUCGCGGUCGGGAACGAGACGCAGAUCGGCGAGCUGCUCGGCGCCGUAGCAGCAUUUCAAGCUGGCGAUCUCCCGGAUGUCCAAUUUGGUUUCGACGCCAACGAGACCAGUCUUUCCAAGGUCAGCCAGUCCCCCUCGAUGAGCGUCGUCUCUGCCCUUCAAGUGCCUUCGGUUCUUGCACUCUUCGAGUUCACGGCCAACUGCUUGCGUAAUUUACACGCGAAGGAGAACGGGUCGGCAAACAUGGGGGCCAAGUUCAACUCGCUUGCAGGAAGAUGGUACAAGAAGGCCCCCAAGCUGGUGGAGACUUCGACGACGUCGGCCAUGCUCAAGAGGAACGUCAUCACCGCAACCGCCAAGGGUCAGUAUCGGCUCCUCUCCGAGUACGUCAAGUCGUACAACAAGUGGCGCAUCGAGUGGUCGGCAGCGCUGCCAAGUCCACCAUGAUCCACGCGUGUGGGGUCGAGUGGACAUCUUCCAGCACGUGCUCAAGAGCGACAACGACUACGUCUCCUUCCGCGGCGACGAAGUAAAGGCCAUUUUUCACACCGUUUGAAUAUUAGAUAUCUCCAUUGUACUCUUA